AUGUAUUCCUCUAAUCCUUCUGGCCGUCAUGUCCUAUCGGAAUUCUCCAUGCCGGGCCACCAAUCUUCUGUUAAAUCAACAGCUUUAAAUGCCAGUUUGGGGGCUUCUGCAUCCAUAUCUCCUGGCUUGCCAAUAAUUGUCUCUCGAGGCCAUGAAGGACAGUACGAGGACUUUGAAACCAUCGACUGGGUGAAGGAUAUUGCCCGAGACAGAAACCGACAUCGUCUCUUGCAUGGGAGCAAAGUUUGUUCUACUCUUAAUUUUUUCAGCUCAUAUUCUUUUAUACUCGUGCUGGUUUGA